AUGGAUUCCCAAAAGGAGUUGAUUGAUCAAGAGGCCUAUGACUAUGUUGGAGAGGCUGAGUUAUCCCCACCACCAUCACCGCCACCGCCCCAUCACCACCGCCGUCUUCGCUGCCACCCCCACCGCCCCUGCCACCGCCCUUACCAGCGGGAUGCGACACCGCCAAACCCAGCACCCUCAGCACCCACGUCGUCACCAGUCAAUCCAGCACCCUCACCCCACUCGUUGCCCGCAGUCGAUCCUUACCAGUGGUAUCCGACACCGCCAACCCCAGCAUCUUCACCCCCGUGUCGCCACCAGUCAGUCCUUACCAGCGGGAUCCGACACUGCCAACCCCAGCACCCUUGUCGCUACCAGUCAGUCCAGCACCCUCACCCCGUCGUCGUCCGCAGUCAAACCUUACCAGGGGUAUCCGACACUGCCAACCCAGCACCCCCUCACCCCCUCGUCGCCUGCAGUCGAUCCUUAGCAGCGGGAUCUGACACCGCCAACCCCAGCACCCUCCCCCUCCCCUCGUCGCCCCCCAGUCGAUCCUUACCAGUGGUAUCCAACACCGCUAACCCCAGCACCUUCAACCCCCUCAUCACCACCGGUCAUUCCUCAACUAGAGAUCCUGAAACUGCAGCAGAGACAGAAGCUAACGGUGGAAACUAUCAUCAUGGUGGCAACAUCUUAUGUCGUUUGUCCUACCUUUUCUGCAGGUAUAUGUGUGUUAAUUUUCUGUUAUCAUACAUUGAAUUUGAGUUAUGA